UUUAAAGGUUCGAUACAUGUACAUGUACAGAGUGCUGUAUGUUCCGGGUUGUUACGGGUUGUUUCCGGUAGUUUCUAAUUUAUAUAAUUGACAAGAGUAUAACACCCGGAGGACACGUCUGAACUGUGUAUGAUUCAGUCUUGGUUCUAAACAUUUCCUACCUCGUGCUAAACAUCUCCAUAGAAAUUAAAACUUAUAGAAUAUACUAAAGGCAAAUGAUAGACAAAAAAGAAAAUAUAAUUAUAACUGCAUCUGGAAUCUUAUAGUUAUCGUUUUGAGGAAUAUAAGAAUUUAUAGAAAACAUAAUUGACUGUGUAAACUGUAAAAGAAAUGGUCCGAUCAACUUAUUUCUGCUGCUGUCUUUAUUUCAUAAUCCUGUUGGUAUCUCUUUGCUACUGUGACCACACGCUCCACAAACCUGACUAUCCAUUUGACCUCGACAAUGCAGGAAAUGCAAUAGAAGGCUAUGUUGAUUCUGAAAUAAAAGAGGGAUCUAAAGUUCUUGUUAAACCUGUUGAAGGUCAUCAGUUCUUAGAAGACGGAAAGGUUGUAAAAUACCUACAAGUAAUAGUUCGAUCAGGAAAUUUUACAGGGGAUGAAGAAUACGUAGCAGAAAAUACAGAUGCCUUCCGGGUAGAUGAAAAUGGUUUCAUCAUUGUGAAUAACACAGAAACAUUUGAUCACAAGCAGGUUUAUGAGUUUUAUGUUGUAAUGUUCAGACUUGAUGAUUUAGUUUCGGAUCCAGUACCCUUUAUUGUUCUUGCUGCAAAACACAAGCCCGAGGAGAAUUAUGGCUAUAAUACAACAGCAGCCGUAUUUGCUGGAGUUUUAAUCUGUCUUAUAGUAGUGUUUGCUUUAUUGAUCCCUUUUGUUGUUCGGGCUAAGCGACGUGUAAAACAAGGCAAACCUGUUUGGAAGUUCGGAAGCCACCCUUCCGCUCUAGACCGGGAAAUAGCAAGAGAAAAAGGAAGUCAAUCAAAUCUAACAGUGCACAUGGUUGAAAGCCAGACUUCCACGGUUCCUGGGCUGAAAAACCGAGCAAUGACCGAAGGUGAUUUUUAUGACAAUUAUGGUUAUCGUCUUGAACAAGAAGUUGAGCGAGAAAAAAACGAAUUGUCAAAUGAUUUAAUGGCAAUUGCAAGUCAUGUGGAACAAUUAGAUGACGCGGAUAAUAUGCUUCAAUUAAGUAAGAAACAUCAUAGCGACGAUUCUGACUCAGGACUAUCAAGUGAUGGUAGAGGGAAAGGAAUUCUGAAGAAUGGACAUAAUGAAAAGGUUUACUCUAUAGAAAUGAAAAGGAAAACAAUUGAUACUGAUCAAAAACCUAAACACAUUGAAGAAUCAGCUCAUUUGUGAUAAAUGCAAAUUAAGUGUUUUGCAAUUAGUCCCUUAUUUUAAAUGUAAUGAUGAAACUUUGCUUUAAUGAUAAACGAUGCAUUGAGACAGAUUUCACAAAUAUUUGGCAUGUUUUGUUUAUAUUGUAUGUAUACAUCUAUAUAUAUAUCUAAUAUAUAGGCAUUCGCAUGUUUUCGCACUGUAGUACUGAUGUUGAUUUUUUAACGACCUUGACUGGCUAUAAAGCUCUCGCAAGGUCUGUUCGCACUGUAGUACUGAUAUUGAUCUCUUAUAACACAUGUUAAUAGCAUGCACUAUCCAUUAGUUCUGAUUAUACAACAUGUACAGUAUACGUAUAUUCAGGAAUAUAUAGUUUUUACGUGAUAUUUUGUAAUUUAUCAUAUUGUUGUUGUUAGUAAAAUUUUAAUGAAUAAAGAAUUCUAUGGUA